CACAUGUGCGUUCAAGUUCAGGGAACAGAGAUCUCACCCGAGGAAUACCACAGCGACGCCGGAUGGACGCUCGCGGGGGAACGCAUGUCGAGGCUGCGCCAGCGGACCCCCGCCAGCGGCAAGGCCGACGGACCCGCCGGCAGUCAAACAAGCACGAGGUCAAAAUUCUACAAGAACGCCAGAGCCUCGGCCAUCAAGGCAGCACGCAUGCCAGCCAUGCCACUAGAAGAAACCAAGAUAGUUGUCAGACCCAGAGGGGGACUGGACAUCGUCAAGACCGGCACCACCACCGUCGCUGCGGCCAUACUCACUGCGGCCAAGAUCACGAGCGAGGAAAGCGCCGCGGACACCAUCUGCCCCAACACACAACAGAACAUCAUGGUCGUAAGUACACCGAACGAAGACAACGCGGCAAGGUACGCUAAAAUCCAGGAGAUAUCCAUUCAAGGCAAACCCUACGAGGUCAGCGCAUAUCGCACGGCACCUCACGACACCGUGAAGGGCGUCAUCAGAGGCAUCCCCAUCGACGCGAGCGCCGAAGAGCUAGAUAGAAAGAUCGUCAACGAGAGGAACCCGCUAGCAGUGGCCUCAAAAAGGAUUGGAAGCACGACCACUGCGAUUGUGGUGUUCCAGGGGCCCAAGGUACCGAACUUUGUCCGAUACGGAGCCACCCUGAUACCGUGCCGCCUCUACAAGAAACAGAUCGACGUCUGCCAGCAGUGCGGCCGAGUGGGACACCGCAAGGACGUUUGCCCGACCCCCACAAUAAAGACGUGCCUGGCCUGCGGACUCGCGAACCCCACAGAAGACCAUCGCUGUACCCCAAAAUGUCAGUUAUGCGGAGGCGAACACCCGACCGGAGACCGAACGUGCAAGGCGAAAUACAAGGUCCCCUACGUAGUGCGCAAGCGACAAUGGGAGCGCCGACAGGCCGAACGCCAGCUGCUGUCGGAGAGCGAUUUCCCGCCACUCGACAAGCCGCCAGCUGCGCGAAAGUCGAGGACCCCAUCGGAUAACCGCGCGCCCAAAUCCAGAGACAGCAGUUGUUGCAAGAGAAGCCUCAGCAGGAAAACGUCACCAUCACGUGAGCGAGUGAGCUGGGUCGACGCAGCGAAAGGAAACAACAUAAGGAACGCGCAGAAAAUCACCGAAACCACGAAGAAAGAAGAUAUGAAUAAGGUCCGGGAGGCAAAUGAGCUCCUAAGACAAGAAAACGCGGCGUUGCGAGCGACCAUCAACAACCUCACGAAAGAGAUCGCCGAGAUUCGUGAAUUGCUGCUAGGCAACGACGAGCCUCUACAGAGACCCACGCCAAGCAUAAGCAAGGCCGAGGAAACGACAACGAACAUCCCGGAGAAAGCCAUAGAGGAACCGGCACCGAAGAAGCGAGCCAUCGAGGCCACGCGCACGCAAACAGAAAGCGAUCGCAUCGACAGCCUCGAAGCGAAAUUCGAAGCGACAUUCAGCAAACUCGAACAGCUAAUCACGACAAACAUCGCAGCAGUGACAGCACUGAAACAAACAAUGGAGACCUACCAAGCCGAUAACACGAACAGAUUCGCCUACAUCGAAAGGACCCUACAGCCGAUGGUAGGCCACCCGACGUUUGCGCCCCUCUUCGCGCAUCAUCCACCCAACCAGGGAGCCCCGUACACGCCAACGCAAUCAUGGCCGCCAACGCAACACCAGCAGCAGCAGGUGUAACCGCGUGGCAGUGGAACUGUCGCGGCUUCGGAAGGAAGAAGGCAGUCAUCCAACAGCACAUCGUACAUGCCGCGCGCAAGCCAGACGUUAUACUACUACAAGAAACACUAACCGACGCACCGUCCCUCCCCGGCUACAGAGUGCACAAGGGACCACCCGACGGCAGAGGCCUGUGCACCCUGGUCAGGAAGGGACUCACGUUCGUCGAACAUGAGUUGCAAAGCAAUAACAAGAUCGAGCACACACUCACCGAAAUCAU